CUCGCCCGGGCCGUACGCGCCAUGACAUUCUAACCGCGCCACAGUGAUCUGGAAAAUGACGCGAUACUACACCCUUAUUGUGAUGCUGCUGGCAGUGUCGGCUAUAGUAUCAGCCCUGCCGAACCCGACGGCCAGCGACGACGACGACGAUGAAGACGACACAACGCCGCAGAGUCGCGCCGACGCCGACGAUGACGGCCGAGUGUACAAAAACCCGCGGAAUUCGCCGUCGGCGCAGUGUCCGAGGGACGAAGAGCAGGCUACUAUGCUGGGCCAGAAGUGUCUCCGCAAGUGCUCGUCAGACGAAGACUGCAAGAGCAAGAAGAAGAAGUGCCUCUGCGACGGAGCCUGCGGAAUGUCCUGCAUCAAACCAGAUCGCGAGUGCCCUGCGUUGGAACAGCCUGAAAUUGGGAAAAUCACGCUGACGGGAAACCUCUUCGGGGACAAAGCCGUAUACUCCUGUCCUCACGGGUACCACGUGGUCGGUCUCCAGAGCAGGAGUUGCCAAGCGGACGGCAAGUGGGCAGGACAAGCCCCGGCUUGUAAAGAAAACAUCUACUGCCUCCAGCCUCCCACCAUCGAGCAUGCCCGUCACUCCGCUCUACCAGAGCAAGCCACCUUCGACCUGGAUGCCACAGUUCAGUACAACUGCCACACUGGAUACGUCACCAACGGCUUCCCGAGGGCGAAGUGCCUGGCUAUCGAAGGACAGGCCUCGUGGUACGGGCCUGAUAUCAGCUGUGAACCCCGCUCUUGCGGCGAGCCAGGCGACGUCCCCCACGGAUGGGUGACCGCAGACUGCCACACCUUCGGCUGCCGGGCCGUAGUCCAAUGUGGCCAAGGGUUCGAACUGGUUGGGAAAGCCGAACGCUACUGCCAGUCCGACGGGGCCUGGGCCCCCAAGGAGCUGCCUACCUGUGUCCUGGUCACUCAGGUGCAGUGCCCGCCGCCGGAAGCGCCGCGGCACGGCAAGGCAGUGUACACAUCGUGCGCUUACAACUCUGUCGUGUCGUACGAGUGCAAAUAUGGGUACAGACUGGUCGGGGAUGCGACGAGGAGAUGUGGAGCGGACAAGAAGUGGUCCGGGGCGCAGCCUGUGUGCAAAGAAAUCAACUGUGGUCACCCCGGUCAACUAUGGAAUGGUUGGCUUGAAAACAUUUCUUCGGGGACUGGUUUGGGGGCAUCUAUCAUCUUCAGAUGCCAGGAUGGCAUGAAAAUGGAAGGCAACGGGUCAGCGAUAUGCCAGAGCGAUGGCACUUGGAGUCACCCUUUGCCGAUGUGUUUAGCGCCCUGCGUGGUACCACAUGUGUCUCAAGGACGUGUAGUAUUGGUUGAGAACAAGACCGGAGAAAAUGAAACACAAGAAGGGAACACCCAGAUAGUCGGCAGUUCCUCUAUGGUGCAACAUGGUGAAAUAAUAGUAGUGGACUGUGAAAAGAACUACGAGUUUCCCUCGAACAAUGCUGCGGUCACCUGCAAUAAUGGCACCUGGACGCAGAUACCUAGAUGUCAACCUGCCAGAUGCAAGAGAAUGCCCCGAAAUCCUCGUAAUGGAAUGGUGAUAGCACCCAAAACAGAACAUGGUAUGAAGGCUCGGUUCAGAUGUAAGGACGGCUUCGAGCUGAAAGGGAAUCCAAUCGUGGUCUGUUCCUUUGGGAACUGGAGCGGGGAAGCUCCGAAGUGUGAAGAAGUAUUCUGCCCAUUCCCCGGUUACAUAGUCAAUGGAAAAGUACUCCUCGUUGGAAACAUGGGCCUGUAUGACUAUCGACCAUACGUCAAAAAGGUGGUAAACAAUAAACAGAUCAUGUAUGAAUGUGAAAAGGGAUACGUACUGUCAGAGGGUCCCCCAGGUGCCACUUGCGUUGGUGGCCAUUGGAGUCCUAGAGAAUUACCAAAGUGCACUCUAUACCAACACCCACGCAUAAGAUGGAGUCGAAGGCGCCGUUCCAUCACAGAACCUGAAAUCCGACAUCGAAGGUCAGCGUAUCUCCGUCAAUACUACACCAAUAUUAGACGCCGCACGGACCCUACACAGCAAUACAUAGAUCAGCUAUAUGACAAAUACAACCAUGACACCCAAAAACCUACGCUACGCCAUGCAAAUUUUAAACUAAUGAAGAAAUACGACUCAGGGUUUGAAGAAGACCUAUCAACUGGUACAGGACAUGAAGGCAAAGAUGACGAAAACUACCCAACAGCUGUUUACACUGUUUACAACGUUCAUGGAGAACCUAUAGGACACAGACUAUAUUCUUACCAACCUGUAUACGAACCUGAAGAUGAUGAAAUAGUUGAUAACGUCAAUACAUCUGAGUACGAAGAUUCAGAUGAAUUUGAUGACCUCUCACAUGUCACCGUUCUAAAGGGAGGACUCUUUCCAGAUCAUAGAAACGACAAUAGCAUUAACGCUGAAGAUAUAAAUAAACUGAAACAUGAUUAUUUUGAACGAUACGUCGAUAAACGAAGAAAAAGGUUUUCAAAUGCGAAAACCAGCGAAGAAACUAAAAAGGAUAUAAAUUUAGAACUAGAAGCUUCCAGCACGCUUCAGGUGACUACAAGUACACCAGACAAAGCAAAAAAGUCCAGGAUUAAACGAUUUGUAAAUAUAGAAGAAUCUGAUAGGGAAAUAUGGACUACAAGUCCUGGCGCCGUAGGUGCGGAAUCAUCUGUAUCGACGAAUGAAGUUGAGAACGAUUUUUUAAAAGUGAUACCAUUAGAUUAUAAUACUCAUAAUGAGACUGAAAAGGAAUAUAAUAAGGAAUUGGCUCUAAUACCGCUACAGUAUAAUAAUACGAAUUCUACUGAGGUUGAUAAUAUUUUAGAUAAGCGAGACAAGAGGACGAGUAGAAAGACUGAUAGACUGAAUCAAACGACAGCUACUGUACCAAAAUCAGGUCGUGAAAGCAAAGGUAGGCUUCGGCAACAGCAAACCGAUGGCACUGAAGAAGCAAGUUCAGAAACGAAAGAAAUCAUCGAAGGGGCAGCUCAAGGGAAUCAAACUGAGAAGGGCAAGAAGGGAAGACCGAAGAGCCCUUGCGAACCGAUAGAGAGCGAACCUUACGUGAACAUAGAGAUUGUGAAGUAUGGCCGAGACCCAAACAAUACCUUUAGCUCUGGCACUAUCGUCAGAGUGGCUUGUGGUAAAGGCUACGGACUGAAUUUGGAACCAAACGCUACAGCCAAAUGUGUUCGGGGAAGGUGGAAGCCAGAGAAACCGAAGUGCGAAAUAUUGCCCUGUCACGUGCCUUCGACAGAAUAUGGGAUAUACACAAUGCCUUCCGACCCCGGCCAUCUGAUGACGGCCAGCCAAGUACUAGGAUCAUCGGGACUUACUCAUGGAGAGGAGAAAGAAUUGAAUGAAACUGAUCCAGUACCCAAUGGGCAGGUCAUCCACUUCUCUUGUGAGUAUGGGUACAACGUCCAAGGUCCAACCAAUCUUCGCUGCUGGCUUGGGGAGUGGGCUGUUACAAGCAUGCCAGAAUGUGUGGCAGCUCCCUGCGAACUCCCCCUCUUACACGGCGCGACUUACGAAGCAGGCUACCGAGCUGGUCUGACUGUAGCCCAUGCAUCAUCAGUCAACAUAGCGUGUGAGGCCGGUCGGUCGCCGCCUGCCACACUGAACUGCCACUUGGGGCGACUGCAGCCGACUGUGCAUGACUUCUGCCGGCCUUUAGCCAAUUUGUCCCGACCUCGACCAACAUCCGAGUACCAAAGUGGGUCUGACAUCGUCAGGGAAGACAUAUCGGAACUGGAACCUGAUUUAGAUGGGAAAACUGUCACAGAAUGUGGACCACCAGCUAGGCUGAAGGGAACACAGGCCUUCAGGGAUGCGAAGCCCUGGGUCCAGGGAACUCUGAUAUAUCGAGAUGGAGCCGAAGUCAAUGGCACCAUGGGCAUGGAGGGAUAUCCCCAUGGAACUGAAAUAACGUUCAGAUGCAUAGCAUCAAUUAUGGGUGAAAAAACAACAUGGAAGUUGAUAUGCGAACACGGAAACUGGGUUGGGAAAAGUUUCAAUUGUGAGGAGCUGGAAGCCCAAAGCGAGGAGUUGCUGAACAAUAACAGCUGCACGUUCAGGAAUGAAGAGCCUCAUGUCGUCUCUUUCUACAACGACAUGCAGAUCACUGAGACGGUGGACUUCCCGGCUGGCGCUGUUAUUGUGUCCAGAUGCAGCGACAUUGGGAAGUACGCUAUGACGGGGUCACAAGAGCGCAAAUGCAUAGGCGGGUCGUGGGACGGCGCUAAGCCCACCUGCUUCGGACUCAACCAAGAAAACGAUUAUGCCAUGGAGAAGCCUCCAACGAUCCUCUUCAGGCACUCCCAAGGUCCCAUCGCGCAGACCAACGACGGGAAACUGCUGGUGUACCCUGGUACAGUGCUGCAUAUGGAGUGCCUCUGGAUGAGGAGGUUCGGGAACCCUAAGUGGAAUGUCACGCAUCAUUAUCCUGAUUCCGACCGCAAAUACCCUGAAGGCUGGACCACGGAUCCUGGCAGGGACAGCCAGCUGGAGUACCGUCUGAGCAUCUUGGGAGCCGUGAAGGAGGACUCGGGAAUCUACCGCUGCGAGACCCCUGCCAGACAGAGUCACCACGUGGAGAUUAUAGUUGAGGAUGUCCAUUGUCCUCCCCUGCCAAUAAGACGCGGGCUGGUCGCCAGUGGACUGGGCACGAGACUCGGCAUCGAGAUCCGGUUCCACUGCGCCAAUGGAAACGCGCUGUUAGGUGCGCACGCGCUGACGUGUCGCGCAUCUGGCAACUGGAGCGCGCCUCUACCUGUAUGCGAAAGCGUAGAAUGCGGGGACGUGGUCCACGACACACCACUACACGAAGGGGAGAGGCGCCCCCGAGUGGCGGUGGUGUCACGUGGUGUAGGGGGCCGCGCGGCUUUCUCGUGCCCCCCAGGGUGGGCCCUCAGUGGGGCCGCCGAGACUGUCUGCUUACCAGCCGCGGACUGGGCCAGACCCUUCCCUGUUUGUAGAGAGGUAUCCUGCCCAGCACUGCCUCCACCAGCAUCAGGAUACGUCCUCGGCCGAGCCCCAUACAGGGCAGGGGACGUGUUACAGUUCCACUGUAACCCAGAGCACACGCUCCAUGGACGACCCAUCCUGGUGUGCCAGGACAGCGGCCGGUGGAGCGAUAAGCCGCCUACUUGUGCCCAAGCGUGCACGUACCCUGGCACCACCAUAUCAGGCCGCAUGUCCUCCGUCAAGUUCUACUACAAGAUCGGCGAGACCGUCACCUUCACCUGCGAGCCAGGGUACAGGCUGAAAGGAGCGCCCAUGCUAAGGUGUUUGAAGAACAGAAAAUGGUCGAACGCGAUCCCGCUCUGCACUCCAAAUUCCAACUUCACCACCUCAGACUCCUUAGCCAUGUUGAACGGCGACAUCGACGCCAUGUUGUCUGACGCCGCCAUCUUGUCGUCUGACAGUUUACGCACGCGCGAGACGCCCGCCAUGCUAACUCCAGAGAGCUACAAAGCCGCUAUGACGCGCGUCGCCGCAUCGCGUCUGCUGCGUCGAGCGCCCAUACAGUCAUACAAAAACAGGAUCUUUAGGGUCAACAGGCUGCUCAGAAGGGAUAAUGAGAGAUAAUUUUGGUCUAGGAAAAAUUGUUUUAUUGUGAAAGUAAUUUACUUUUAGUUUUCGUUGCGUCCUCAUUUCUAUUUAAAAAAAUAUACUCAAUCUUAUAUCUGGUUACAUUUUGAAAGCGGAUCAGACGAAAGUCUUCUUUGACAUCGACGCCAUGUUGUCUGACGCCGCCAUCUUGUCGUCUGACAGUUUACGCACGCGCGAGACGCCCGCCAUGCUUACACCAGAGAGCUACAAAGCCGCUAUGACGCGCGUCGCCGCAUCGCGUCUGCUGCGUCGAGCGCCCAUACAGUCAUACAAAAACAGGAUCUUUAGGGUCAACAGGCUGCUCAGAAGGGAUAAUGAGAGAUAAUUUUGGUCUGGGAAAAAUUGUUUUAUUAUGUAAAGUAAUUUACUUUUAGUUUUCGUUGCGUCCUCAUUUA